AUGCGUGCAUACAAACCUGUGCCAAAAUCAUCUGAACAUCUUGUCGUCCAAAAUGGCUUAGUGGAAAAAAAGAAAAACAAAAUAUGUCGUGGUAACAGAAAAUUACAACGUUUCCGACGAACAUGCCGAAGAGAAGCAAUGAGUAAUCAAGCAACUGAAAUGUUAAAUCUCCUCAAAAAAACAAAUAAUUCAGUUUAUGAAAAUAUUCAACGUAUGAAUCAGUGUUCAUAUUUAAAUGCUGUGAAGAAAGUCUUCAAUACGUCAAUAUCAUCCAAAUGCAAUAAGGAUGAAGAUCCGUACCAAAACAGUCAAGAAAACUUUGAAUUUGAUACAGGAUUCGAACCUCCUUAUUUAUUAGAAUCAGAAAUGGAAACAGAAUGGCCUACAGCAAUGUCUGCUACGUAUCCAAAAAAGGCGAAAAAUUACAAUUUAUCUAAUGAUCAUUCGUAUCGAAUAUCAAUACUGAUGCCAAAUUAUAAAAAAGUAUCACCUGAUCAAUUCAAAGAUGUAUUAACUGAAAUGGUUCCAGCUCAUUCUCAUCAUCAUAUUAAAGAUUGGUUAACAAAUAUUAACAUAUUAGAUUUUUUAAAACAACGUGCUGAAUUAAUUACUACUGUUUUUCAAUUAAAAAUACAACUAGGUUAUUGGAAUUAUGUCGCUGAUUUGACUGCUAUGCCCAUAGUUAUUUGGUUAUUAGAAAUUGGCAGACAUAAAACAAGAAAAAAUUCUAUUAAUUGGGAUCAUACAAAAACAAAAGCAAGUAUUCAAAAACGACAAAGAAUUAUUCAAAAAAAAUUACAAGAAGCUGAAAAUGAUAUAAAUUUUCAUUUACAACAACCAUACCCAUUUGAUUGUGAAGUAAACAACAACAAGACGGCUUUAUUUAGUUUUUUGAAUGUUAUCUCUAAUGGUCUUAUUACACUUGCUGAACGUAGUUUAUACUAUUUCCGUAUCAAUUUUGAACAGAAAAGAAUUUUAUUACAUUUCGAUAUCAAUGAUGGUUAUUUGGUCAAAUCAUUUUAUGAUUUAAAUCCGACUGAAGAACAGAUUGAUUUUGUCCAAAAAAUUUGGCGCGAUCAACGCAAGUUCUACGCGAAACCAUUCGAAGAACAAGUUCUAUCACAAAAAUUAAGUGAAUUAUCUACAUAUUCUGAUCACAUAACUGAACAUCCCAAGAUGAUUCAUGAAAAUCUCAUGGAAAAUAUUCCAUAUUAUUUAUCAAAAGAAAGCAAAUUGUUCGAACAAAUGAUUAGUGAUGUAACAUCAAGCGAAAUGAUCGAAGCAUUGCGUGAAAUGGCUAUUGUAAUACAUCAACUUUUUUUCAUCGUUUUUGAAAAAUCACUUUGGUCAACUUAUUUAAAGUCUGGUACAGGUCAACUCCAAUUAAAUCAAAUGGAUAAUAAUAAUUCAAAUCAUCCUCAUCUUUGGCCGAUUCAAGUACAAAAAUUUGUUCAUAAACAAUCACCUGGUAACAUUGAUACUGCUGCUUGUUUAAAUUACGUCAUACAACAUCUUGAUCAAUUAGAUGAAAAAUUAAAACAAUAUCAAACGAAAUAUAAUAUGAAGAAAAAUCAAUUUUUAAAUUAUCUACCAAGAAUUCAAACAUUUGUUCACCAACAACUUGAAUCUGCUCGCUGGGCAACAGAACAAGAAAUUGCCAUUGUUCGCUACAAUUAUACAGAUCACGUCUUGGAAUUACAAUUUUUGGCAUAUAAUCCAACUCAACAACAAAAGAAAAUUGUGGAAAAAUUUCUUGAUGCAAAAUAUAAAGAAGAUAUAACUAAAGAAGAAUAUAAUUUAUUGAAAUAUCGCAUUUCAAUUGAACAAUCAUCUUCAACAUCUCUUGAAUUAAGUAAUGAAAAAUUUCUCAGAACAAUAGAAGAUCAAGCUACUCGACAAAAACUAUAUGAUCAAUAUAUACAUAUAGCACAACAAGCCAAAAAAGAUAUGAUACAAUUGUAUCUCUCUUCCGCUCAAGCCCAGAUGGAUCGAUAUGAGAAGGAGUUUAAUCUUAAAUUAAAACAAUUACAAGACAGAGAACAAUUACUACCCAAUGAUAAAAAAUUGAAUGGCAACAUGAUUCUUUUAAUUGAACAACGUUGCAAGAAUAUAAGUGAAGGUGUAAAGUGUGUUUAUAAACAUAAACUUGAUGUAGUUCGUUUAAAUUCUGUACAACAUUAA